UACACGUGCCACCUGUCCGGACAAUGUUAUAAAACAGCUGAAAGAUUGUCGAAAAAAAACUUCUUCAAUGUCAAAUAGUCAUGUUUAUGAGAUGUAUCUUUCAAUCUUGAGGAAAUAUGAAAGAAGAAAUUUGAAAUACGUUCACCAGACAAAAAAGUUUGUUCAAGGAUGUUUGGAAUUAUGCUGGCCUAUGGCUCUACAUGACCCUCCUGUCGUAUUUGGGACACUGGCGAAAAAUGGCGAAGCAUUGAAUACCGACAUUUACAAGCCAUAUGUUCAAAGCGGUCCUUAUAUCAAGUGCGUUGUUUUGCCAAGUUUGCUUCUGCAUAAAGAUGGUCCAUUAUUGGCGAAGGGUGUUGCACAGGCUUCUGGUAGGCCUAGAGAGGUUUGGUCAGACGACAGAGGACACAAGAUACCAAAGAAACCAUCCGAAUACAUAGAUUCUGGUAAUACUUUUGGUCAAAAUGUGUCUUACAACUACAAUGAAAAUAAAUAUUUAUCACAUUCGCAGAAGAAGCUGUUAGACAGACCAAAUACAGCUCACUAUGGUUCAUUGGACGUGCGUGAUAGUCAACGCCAAAUUAGGGGUUAUAGAGACUAUAGCAGGGACCAUGAACAUCAGAGUCUUCCGAAAAAGACAGAGUAUGAGGAUGAGCCAUCAGCCAGUGAUAUGAGACUCUUUUUCCGUUAUGCUGAUCGUUCAGAAUUUUCUCGGGCAAGAAAUUUGCUCGGUGCGGAAGUGUACAGUAAGUGCUGGGUGUGGGCAAAUGAAAGACAUAAGUUUCAAUAGUAAAAAACAACAAAGCCAAAUGGUACCCAGCACGUUAAAAGAAUUUAAAAAAAGACCUGUCAGUGAGACGUUUUAUGUAUAGAACGACACCUUUUGUUCGUUCAGAAAAAAACGUCUUCCUUAAAUUUAUUAA